CUCCUCUGCUGCGCCGAACUCUUUCCCGCACGCUCUUUCAACCGGCGAAGGCGGCUCGAAAUGAGAUUCCACCGCGGCCUGUCGUCGACGCCGUCAUCAUCGGACGCGCUGGUCGGUCUUCGAGUUACCGCCGCAACGCCGGCACGUUCGCGGAUAUAUUUCUUUGCACCCUGAGGGAAUGAGGCUCCAAGCGCGCUCGCGUCUCCUCAACUUCGCCCCUACCAGGUGAAAGACGUCGUUCGUAUAAAUGCCGGCUGUGAGCCAUCGGAAUCUACGCAAGCACCAACAUCGGCGGCUGGCAACGAGGAGAAGAAACCUUCGCGCGCGCCGCUCCUUGAAGAACUAACGCGGCGGCGACGAUCAAGGAAACAACCGAGACCUGUAGAAACCGUGGAUACUUAUACUCCGUGCGUGGCGUUUUGUUUUCAGCCAGGUGCGUCUCCGAAGAAGAAGACCUGCUGGCCGCGGAAUUUCGGUUUCCAGACAUGGAAGAGGGUGUCGCGUCUGGUCCGGCGGUGUGUGAUCGGCUGCCGGGCGACGCCGUCGGACGGCAGGACCGUGAAAGUUGUGGUGAAAGUUGCAGAGACGCAGUACGUCGUGGACUCCGUAGGAGCGUCGGUGAUCUGUGGCUUAGGACAGCGGUGUUUGCCGUGGCAACUGUGGUGUUGGCGAGUCAAGGAACGUGUCUACAGCUGUCCAUCGACCCGAACGACGGUUCUGUGCGCAUCCUGCGGGACAGGAGGGCCUCCACACCGUCGUCUGACUCACUGCGAGAAUUCAGGGAUUGCGGGGGCAACCUGACGGCGCUCUCGCGGCCCGCCCGUCUCUACAACCCGGGCUACCCGAAGGCGUAUGAGUCCAACCAGCUCUGCCGCUGGGUCAUCACCGCCGACGGAGACAUCACGCUGAAGUUCGUCAACGUUGAGAUUGAAGAUUCGCCGGGAUGCGAGUACGACAACAUCGACGUGCUCAUCGGGCCCAGGCAGGUCCCCAUGGGCAAGAUGUGCGGCACCAUCACGAACCGUACCAUCGCCACCAACUCCACGUCGGUCACGGUGGUCUUCAAAUCGGACGAGUCGUACGAGGAAAAGGGGUUCUUCCUGGAGUUCUCCGCGGACACUGGGGUCGCGGAGCUCUCGGAGAACGCGUGCGGCGACACGUUCACAGCCGACGAGGGCAACGUGACGAGUCCCGGCUACCCCUUCGAGUACCCGGACAACAGCAGCUGCUGGUCGCUCAUCAACGUGGAGCCCGGACGAGUCGUCGUCAUGCGAUUCAAGGUCAUCGCGCUCGAGUUUGACGAGACGUGCGCCUUCGACUACGUCGAGAUCUUCGACGGCUCCACCGAAGACUCUCCGUCUUUCGGCCGCUUCUGCGGCGACUCCCAGAAGCGGAUCCUUCGCUCCACCAGCAGCAGUGUGCUGGUGCACUUCAAGUCUGACGACCUGCUCAGCAAUCGCGGCUUCCUGCUUCAGUACGAGAGCAACAGCGGAGGCAUCAAGGUCAGCCACGACGGAGGUUGUGCCGUGGCCUCGGACUCAGAGAAUGGCACCGUGGCCACGCCCAACUACCCCAACCGGUACCCGGCCUCGACGCACUGCCUGCUCGACCUGGAGGCCCCGCGAGAGGCCAAGGUGGCGCUGCGGUUCGUCGACUUCUCGCUGGAGCCGGACGCGAACUGCACCUUCGACUUCGUCGAGAUCUGGGACGGGCUCCAGGACGGUUGGCGGUCUCUCGGACGACUGUGCGGGGACAAGGGCGAAAUGAAGGAACUGGUCUCCUCGGAGAACCGCAUGCGAGUGAAGUUCUACAGCGACAACUUCUCCGAAUUCCGAGGAUUCUUCGCGAACUUCUACCUCGUCUCCACGGCUGGUAAACCGGAAGUGGAAGACGCCAAGACUGUGAUCCUGCGCAAGAACUCCCUGGUUCCUGCCCGCGAGUUGAUCGACGAAAUCUCGCCCGAUGAGACGGUGGCUGGCGACGACCAGAGGAUCCUCAAGUGCAUUCCAAAAGUUCCCGGAUCCAGCGUCAAGUGGGUGAAGAACGAGACCGUGUUGAACGGCACCAUGCCCCUGCCCCACCUUUACCUGGUGUCGCCGAGCACGCUGUGGAUCCGGCGCAUGCACUCGGACCUGGCCGGCAGCUACACGUGCCUGGUGAGCACCGAGGACCGGGAGGCCAUGGCGACGACCCUUGUCGUCAUGGCCGGAACGAAGCCGCGCAGCAAGUGUAACGUCUUCUUCCGCAAGAGUCCCAAGGACCAGGAGAUCCCGCACGGCGAGACGGCCAUCAUGCACUGCACGGCGCAGGCCCCGCAGCGGCCCUCGUCCGACGUAAAGAUCAGCUGGCUGCGCAACGGGCUGCCCUUCCCGACCAGCACCCGGUACCGGGACCUGGGCAACGGGCUGGUCUACAUCAGCGACGCCAUGCCCAAGGACUCCGCUGUGUACACCUGCGUGGCCACCGACAGGCGCAGCAACUGCACGGUGCAGGAGUCCGCUCUGCUCAGGGUGCUGCCCAGGGUGAACAUCGAAGAGAUCUGCGGAAUACCGUUCGUGGGACGUCCCAACAUGUCGAAGCCCCACGUCGAGCAUGGAAAAAUUGUCGGCGGAAUGGACUCCCUCAAGGGUGCCUACCCGUGGCAGGUUAUGUUCUGGACGGACUUGCGCAAGGCGUUCUGCGGCGGAAGCCUGGUGAACGACCAGUGGGUGCUAACGGCUUCGCACUGCUUCAAGAGGGACGAGAUCCGCACAGACGAAGUGGAAGUGAGGCUGGGCAAAUACGACCAGACCGUGGUUGAGCCGCAGCAGGUGGUCACCAAGAUUGCUGACGUACACUUCCACCCGAAUUUCAACGUGAACACGUUCGACAACGACAUCGCAUUGGUCCAGCUCACCGACCGGGUGACCUUCACGGACUACAUCCUGCCCGUGUGCCUGGGUGACAGCGCGACCAUCGAGCGAGACUACUUCAGCUCGGGAGACGUGCAGCUGGGCACCGUGACCGGCUGGGGACAGCUCACCGAAAGCGUCAACACGCUCCCUCGGUACCUGCAGGAGAUCAGGCUGCCCAUCAUCGACCACAAGACCUGCCAGGCGUCCACGCAGUACCCGGUGACGAGGAACAUGUUCUGCGCGGGCUACAAGCAGGAGAUCGUGGGCGACGCGUGCAAGGGGGACAGCGGUGGUCCCUUCGUGAUACAGCGCAAGAACCGCUGGUACCUCAUCGGCAUCGUCAGCUGGGGCGUCGGGUGCGGCCGCAAGGACCACUACGGCUACUACGCCAAGGUCAGCAACUACCACAGCUGGAUCAAGGAGAAGAUCCUCUACUGGAAACAAAAGAGGCAAGUGGCCAUGCUUGGUUUGAUCCGUGAUGUCUCGAGCAUCGUUGUCCGACACAAGGACAGCACCAAUGGCCGGCAUUUACAUGGAGUACGCGGAGGACUUCGUAGGAAUACUGGGAAUAUGCGGCUUAGGAUGGCGAUCCUUGCAGCAGCCGCCGUCACGCUGGCGAGACAAGCUACAUGCCUGCAAUUCUCCAUAGACCCAGUGGACGGUUCCGUGCGUCUCCUGAGAGGCAGGAGACCGUACACGACAGCAGCCGAACCUGGGUCAGUGCGCGAAUUCAGGGAUUGCGGAGGCAACCUGACGGCGUUUCCGUUUCCGGCGAGAAUCUACUCUCCGGGUUACCCGAGGACCUACGAGUCGAACCAGCAGUGCCGUUGGGUCAUCACCGCGGCCGAAGGGAACAUCACGCUGCGGUUCCUCAAUGUUCAGAUCGAGGAAUCGCCCGAAUGCGAUUUCGACAACGUCGAUGUCCUGAUCGGCCCGAGCGAGGAAUCCAUGGGAAAGAUGUGCGGCGCCAUCUCGAACCACACCGUGGCCACCAACUCUUCAUCCGUCACGGUAGUCUUCAAGUCGGACGAGAACUACGAGGAAAAGGGGUUCUCUAUGGAGUUUCACGCGGAAAUUGACCCCUCAGGUCUCGCCGAAGAAUGCGGCGACACACUGGCGGGCGAACAGGGAAACGUGACGAGCCCGGGCUACCCGCUCCAAUACCCGCACAAAAGCAGCUGCUGGACGCUCGUGAACGUCGAGCCCGGUCGCGUCGUCGUCAUGCGCUUCGAAGAUUUGGCUCUGGAGGUGGACGACCUGUGCACCUUCGAUUUCGUCGAGAUCUUCGACGGUCCGACCGAAGAAUCUCCAUCUUUCGGCCGAUUCUGUACGGAAUCCCAAAAGCGCACCCUCAGAUCUACAGGCAGCAGUGUCCUGGUCCACUUCAAGUCGGACGACUUGAUCAGCAGCCGGGGCUUUCUGCUCGAGUACGAAAGUGACAUCGGAGGCAUCAAGGUCAGCCACGAAGGAGGCUGCACCGUGACUUCAGAUUUUGGGAACGGCACCGUGGCCACGCCCGACUACCCCGACAGGUACCCGUCCUUGGCCCACUGCCUGCUCGACCUGGAGGCCCCGCGAGGGGCCAAGGUGGCGCUUCGGUUCGUCGACUUCUCGAUCGAGUCGGACGCCGACUGCAACUUCGACUUCGUCGAGGUUUGGGACGGGCACCAGGACGGUUGGCGAUCUCUGGGCCGACUCUGCGGGGACAAAGGCCAGAAUGCCGAGCUGGUCACCUCGGAGAACCGCAUGCGACUCAAGUUCCGAACCGACGACUCACAUGAGUCUCGAGGCUUCAUGGCGAACUUCCAUGUGAUUUUCCCGCAAGACAGGCCGGAGGUGGAAGCGGGCAGUACUACGACCAUGCGCAAUAGGUCCCUGGUGCCAGCGCACGAUCUCAUGCAGGAGAUCCCCAGCAACGUGAAGGUGGCUCAAGAUGACGAGGCAUUUCUCAACUGCAUACCGAAAGUGCCUGGAUCCAGCGUGACGUGGAUCAAGGACGGAGUUGUCCUGAACGGCACCACGCCCCUGCCUCGACUGCACUUGGUUCCGCCGAGCACUCUGUGGAUUCGGCAGAUGCACUCGGAGCUUGCCGGCAGCUACAGCUGCGUGGUCGUCACAAAGUACCUGGAGGCCGUGUCCACCAGCGUGGUCGACAUGGAGGGAACGAAGACGAGCGACGAGUGUGACAUUCGAUUCGUCAAGAAUCUCAAGGACCAGGAGGUUCCCCAGGGAGAGACGGUCGUCUUGAAGUGCGCCGCCAGCGUGCCGCAGCGGCCUUCGUCAGACGUCGAAAUAAGGUGGCUGCGCAACGGUAUGCCCUUCCCGACCAGCAACCGGUACCGGGAUCUCGGCUACGGGCUGGCUUACAUCAGCGAUGCCACGUCCGAGGACUCGGCCGUGUACACGUGCGUGGCCUCCGACCGCCGCAAUAGCUGCGCAAUCCGGGAAUCCGCCCUGCUCAGUGUGCGACCCAGAAUCAACAUCGAAGAGAUCUGUGGCAAUCCUGUUCACAGCCGCCCCAACACGACGCAGUCGCAAGGCAAGAUUGUCGGCGGAGAGGACACGGUGAAGGGCGCCCAUCCAUGGCAGGUAAUGUUCUGGUCCCCGUCUUUGGCCAAGGCGUUCUGCGGAGGCACUCUUCUGAACGACCAGUGGGUGCUGUCGGCGUCACAUUGCUUCCAGCACGAGCUGGUCCACCUGGACGAAGUCGAAGUACGACUGGGCAAGUACGACAGGCUCGCGGACGAGCCCCAGCAGGUCGUCACCAAGAUCGCCGACGUGUACUACCACCCGCAGUUCGACGCAAACACGUUCGACAACGACAUAGCGCUGGUGCAGCUCGCCGACCGGGUGAAGUUCACGGAAUACAUCCUACCGGCGUGCCUGGGCGACAGCGCGGCCAUCGAGCGCGACCACUUCGACUCGGGAGCCGUGCGCAAGGGCAAGGUCACCGGAUGGGGACAGCUCGCCGAGAACGUGAACACGUUGCCCCGGUACCUGCAGGAGAUCGAGAUACCCAUCGUGGACCGCGAGCUCUGCAGGAACGCGACGGUGCACAAGGUCACGGAGAACAUGUUCUGUGCUGGAUACGCACAGGAGAUUGUAGGCGAUGCCUGCCAAGGAGACAGUGGAGGGCCCUUCGUGGUGCGGCACAAGAACCGCUGGUACAUUGUCGGUAUCGUCAGCUGGGGCGUCGGGUGCGGUCGCAGGGGCCAUUACGGGUACUACACCAAGGUCAACAACUACCACAACUGGAUCAAAGAGAAAAUAGUCUACUAGCAGUCUACUAAACUUGUUGUUCUGUGAUUAUUUUGUCUUUCACGGGCGCACCCAGGUGACGUUUUUCAUGUGGUCUAACUGAACUGUAACCCUAUU